UCUAAAUCUUACUUUUUUGAUUUUAUAUUUUGCCUCAUAAUAACCAGUAUACACCUGCAUAUGGUAUAAUCUUAGAAAUAAAUAAUAUAUAUAACUUUUGGUAUGCCACGUUUAAAGAAUCCAAAUCCUCGUCAAGUUACUGAAGGCGAAGACAACAAUGCUAUUGGGGAUGUCGACGUAGAUCAUUCAGCCCGUCUAGCCGACUCGCCAUCUUCAGAUCCUCAUGGUAUCGGCGAAACAUCUGCCGCAGUUCAAGAGGCCACAUUGUUUGAAAAAUGCGAAAACCAGCAGACAUCACAGAUGGAAACUUUGUCACAUGAUUCACCUAUAACAGCGACACCGACAGCAAGAUUUUCCGCGUUUAACGAGAGUAAUAAAUUUGAGCCGGUGGACAAUACAUUCAUCCCAUUGGAUAACGGCGUUGAACUCGACGGCCACAGCGACAAACAGCAUGGAAAUCAGAAAUCGACCGACAAACCCAAUUUAGAACCAAUGCAUUUGCCUACUUUCCGCCCAUCCUUGCCUAAGCAAUCAAGUCGCGCUAGUUUAGUUUAUUCAAUGCGAGCUUCCAAAUCUACCUUGGGUAGAUUUACUCCAAAAACGUCACCAAUGGAAAUCAAAAGACCGAAAAGUACGUCACCCGGAAUGCUGAACCCCAAAGUGAUGAUAUGGAUGAAAAACCGUUUCCAACUUAGACCAGGAGGCAGAAUAUCUGCAUCUGAUAUUAUAUUAUUGUACCAAUCUGAUACAAAAGACCUUCCAGAUCCACCACCUGGACUACAGAAUUAUCAGGUUGGUCAGCUUCUACGACGAGUGUUUCCAAAUAUAUCUCGUGCAAAGAUCACUGUCAACAGCAAGAGAUUGUGGAUUUAUAGGCAUCUUAAUCUUCGUGAAAAUCCACCAGCUGAUCUGUUUGAGGAGCAAAAAUUUUCAUUAGACUUAGAAAGCUCAGAAAAUGGGAUUUCUGGAGUGGAUCUUUCAGUAGAUGACAAUUGCAGGGCUUCAGAUUCUCCAAUGUCAAAUUAUGAAGAUUCAAACAGUCCCAGUCCUAUUAGUAUGGAGGAAGACAGUCAAGGUGUUGAUGCAGAGAACAAACAGAAAAGCAACACCAUUUUGCUUGAACUGUUGGGCAAUGGAAUCAAAACUGAAGCUGAUUCACCCACAUCUUUUGGAAUAAAAGAACUUUUCAAUGCAGAUGAAAAGAAAGAACAAUCAUAUUUAGAAAUGGGCCACAGAAAUAUCGCCGAUGAUGGUUUGCAACCUAAAAAAAAGAGAGACAGUGAAGUUAUGGAAUGGUUGCAGGAAAAUUAUAAAUUCAAACCAGGUUAUUAUGUGAAGAGCAUGGAUUUAUUGAGGCAAUAUAAUCAUGGUAGAGAUGAAAUGGUCAAAUACCUUAGUCAAGUUGGAAGAGUAAUGAAGCAUGUUUUUCCAUCGGUUAGGCAUCUAAGAAAGUCAUUUAAAGGUGGAAAACGUGAAUGGGUUUAUUUGAAUAUAAAGCCAAUUGAUGUAGAUAGUGAUAGUGAAGAAGGAAAGAAAAUGUUGAUGCCGACACUUAGACGUUCUGCUGCAGCUUUCAGUACUUCAAUUUUUGAUAGCAAUAUGCGCAGCCAGUUAUCAAGCUGGAAUGACGAGAGAGCAAAUAUGUCUCACAAUCCUUUAUCAAUGGUACCAAGCUCUUUGUUCAAGUCGAAACCUAAUUUCUACCACAGUGUAUCUCGUGUGGAUGGAAGCAAACUUGUGAUAAGCCGAAGCCCUACUGUAAUUCCGACCCAAGAUUCAAACUCUCCUAAAAGGAAUGAGAACUCACCCAAUAAAACCCAAAUUGUGUUGUAUAAUAAAAAUUCAGUUCCCCCUGAAAAUAGUGAAGUGACUGGCGCUCCAAUGGAGCUUGAGCGUGAUCUUUUCGCUCCCUUUGCAAAAACAUCCCAACAUUCAGACGAUCCAAGAUCGUUAAAGAGGUUCAAUGUAAAUUUGAGGAAUUACGUAGCAAGCUGUACUAGCCAAAAUCCUGAUAAUAGAAAGACUCUAACGAAUCCAUCAUCUGGCAUAGUUUUCAGUCAAGCAAGUAUUACUAUGAGCUGCAACACUGAUGCUGCCCAAUCUACUGAAUUUCAAACAACUGGGGAUGAUUGUUGGGCAUCAAAGAGGCUUCGUCUAUGUGCUACAUUGGACUCUGAUCAAGCAGAUGGACAGACAAAAACAGAUAUUAAUCUAUCAAAUGGUUUGGAUCUCAGUAUCAAACGUGAAGUGCAAGUAUCUGAUGUUAUUCAGACUGAGCCACAGAAACUGACUGUAAUGGGAAAAUCUGAAACUGCAUCUGAAUUUUUCACUCCAUCGGGAAUAUUAAACCUUUCCAAACCAAUCGCUACGAAAACAAGCAUACAGACUGUUCUGUCAAAGCCUCCUACAUCUCAAACGAUACAUUAUAAGCCAGAAUCUUUAAUAACACUGAAAAUUCAAAAAAAUCUACAAGGUAAAACUGUUGUUAUUGGGAGCAAUGGUCGGCGCCAUUCUGCUGAUUCAAUCAAAAAACCUUUGAUAAUUCCAAAGGCUGAUAGCAGCACUGCUACCAAAAGGGCUUAUGUGGAUGUGGGUGGAAGUUAUAAUAAUGAUAUUCCAAUAACUUGGAACUCUCUUCAGAAUUUUGCAGCUCAAAGAUAUGGCUGGCUGAAAUCAUCCAGCACAUCUUGCAGUAAUCGAAGAAACAAUGAAAUUGAUGGAGGAAGAUCCGCUAAAUUUGUAGAAUGGUUUCUAUUUUCUGGUCAAUGGCUUGUAAAUGGACAAAGGGCGUUGAGAGAAAUUAAGAUUUACGAUGAUUGGACUGUCGUCAUUCAUGCUCUUGGACGAAGAGUGUAUCCCAAUGACCUGGGUGGCAUUACAGAUUUGGAGAAAACUUCUUCUAGUUUGAGCAAGGUGUUCCGUGUAUUGGCAGAAGCAAAAAUGUGCAUGGGUUUCCCUGCACCAUGCAUUAGCGACUUGUAUAUUCAUGGAAUUUUAGUCAGUAAGUUUGAAGUCUGGUCAUCUAGGGAAGGCCCAGGAGAGGACAUAAGACAACGAGCUGUGAAUUGUCAGAUAUUAUACUCUGGUACUGGAACAUGUUGCACAAAAUGCUCUCGAAUAAUGAAAUUACACCAACAGCAAAAGCGAGGACCUGGUCAAAACCGAAAGUUUGACAACUCUGUUGAUCUUGAUAGUAAACAUCCCACAAUGUAGUGUGAUUCAAGACCAGACUUGAUAGCAUGCUACUUAAAGCUUGGGAUUCUGGAUUCAUAUAAAAUAUGAAUCAAACAUAUCCCAUCAAAAGCUGUUUAAUUUUGUCUAAUAUGGCAUGAGAAUGGCGUCAAGAAACAACAUCAACUACAAACUACUGUGUUAACAUUUUUUCGAAAAUUGGCUUAUUGGUACCAGUCAUAUCUAUGUUACUUAUUGUCAAAGUGCGGUAGUUGGUUUGCUCAAGUACACAAUGUGAUUUUUUAGAUUAAGUGUUUAUCAUGCUUGGAUGCUAAUUUCUUGCAUUUUUGUUAUGGUUGUGUGCUUAUCAUGAAUGUUUGUCGCUUCAGAUUUUAGUUUUGUUUUAAAUUUGUACGACUAACUUCUAAGUUAUUUCUGCCGGUUGAAUAUUUAUAAAAGUCUUGGGGUGUCAUCUUAAAAUUUCAAAUUAAUUCUUUUGUAUCUUCCUUUUAAUCACCAUAGUAUUGCCAGGUAGAAGUUUGAAGGCAGGGAUUGCUUUAAAUUGACUCCCUUUUGAUCUAGGAAAGUUUGAAAGAUCCACUAGUGUUUGAAAAUUUGAAUGUUUUUUUUUUAUCCUGAUAGAAUGCUACUAUCGUUAAAAUUUUAUUUGGACUAUGCAUUCGAUAAAAAUGGCAACCACGAAUUUUAAACACAUGUCAACUGAUGGCCAGCAAUUUUAUCACAAGCGUAAUUUUUAGCCAUGUUUUUAUAUGUAUGUGCACGAAACGUGAUUACACAUGCUUAAUAUAUCAUAAAAUAAAAGAUUUUUCUUACUCUCCA